AUGUCGUGGAUUCUGAAGUCUUUUCCAGCACUGCUGUUCCUGGUGUACUCACACGCCGCAGAGGACGAUGAUAUUCGAGCGGGCUGCAGCACUGCUGUCAAUGACCUGGUCUACAUCAUGGACGGCUCCUGGAGUGUGGGAAGUGACGACUUUGAAACAGCCAAGCGCUGGCUAGUCAAUGUCACCAGUGGCUUUGACGUGAGUUCGCACUACUCGCAGGUGGGUGUAGUGCAAUACAGCGACACCCCAAGGUUGGAGAUCCCUCUCGGUCUCCACAAGACCACUCAAGAUCUCAUUAAGGCCAUUGAGGACAUCAGCUAUUUAGGUGGCAACACGCAGACAGGCCGUGCCAUCAAGUUUGCCGUGGACCACGUCUUUGCAUCUUCGCAACGAAGUGAAGUGAAGAACCGCAUUGCUGUGGUGGUGACUGAUGGAAAGUCGCAGGACGAUGUUAUGGACGCUAGCGUGGAGUCACGAGCACAAGGUAUUAAAGUGUUUGCGGUUGGCGUCGGGACGGAGAUCACCACAUCAGAGCUGGUGACCAUCGCCAACAAGCCGGAGGGUGAAUACGUGCUGUAUGCGGAGGACUACACCAAUAUCGACCGUAUCCGUGAUGCUAUGGAACAGAAGCUGUGUGAGGAAUCUGUUUGCCCCACACGUAUUCCUGUGGCUUCUCGUGAUGAGAAAGGCUUUGAGCUGAUAUUGGGCAUGAAGAUCCAUCAGAAAGCGAAGACGAUACAGGGCUCAUUAGCGUCAGAGGGAGCGUAUCUGCUAGACAAGAGCACCGACAUUACUGAAAACACAAGGGAGAUUUUUCCCGAAGGUCUUCCUCCCUCCUAUGUGUUUGUGUCGACUCUGAGGCUGAAAGGGCCUUCAAGUCGGGAAAAGCUGGACCUGUGGAGGGUCCUGUCUAAAGAUGGACAGAUUCAGGCGGCUGUCACACUCAACGGACUGGACAAAUCUGUCAUCUUCACUACCACAAACACGGUUAAUGAGGAACAGAUAGUUACUUUUGAUGCACAAGGCACUGAGGCUCUUUUUGAUGGAAGCUGGCACCAGCUGAAGGUUCUGGUUAGACCCAGACGUGUCUCCUGUUUUCUGGAUGACCAGCAGAUCCAGGAUGUGGCUCUGGAUGCUGUGGUGCCCAUCUACAUCAACGGAAAGACUCAGAUCUCCAAACGCUCUGGCUCUGACGCUACACUUCCUACAGAAAUCCAGAAACUGAGGCUUUAUUGUGACCCACAGCAAAGUGAGCGAGAGACAGCAUGUGAAAUCUACUCUGUGGAUGAUGAACGGUGUCCCCUGGAUCGUGAGCCCACCAAUGACACUGAAGAUUCCUGCGACUGCAGCGAAGGCCAGCCAGGUCCUCCAGGACCCAGGGGUUUUCGUGGAGAGAAAGGAAGGGAAGGACCUCCAGGCCCAGAUGGUAAGCCUGGACCCCCAGGUUCAAGAGGAAAGCCAGGAGAUCCAGGUAUAUCUGGAGAAAAGGGCGAUGUGGGUCCACCGGGGCUGAGAGGUAAUCCAGGACUUCAGGGUUUAAAAGGUGAACGAGGAGAACAAGGGUUGCCAGGGAAACCGGGGCCGCCAGGACCCACGGGAGCAUCAAAACCAAACGUUGGUACAGUUGGAUUGCCAGGAAAAAAGGGAGAGCAGGGGGGGGAAGGAGAACAAGGACCUCCUGGAGAGCCUGGUCCAAUGGGGAAACCAGGACUCACUGGAAGCGAUGGAGCAGCCGGCCCUGCUGGAGCAAAGGGCGAGAAAGGAGACACCGGGCUGCCAGGAGCAGAUGGACUGCAGGGAGUUCCAGGAAUCAGAGGACCUCCUGGAGAGGAAGGAGCGAGCGGACCGCAGGGUGCGAGAGGAGCACCGGGACAGAAAGGAUCAGCGGGGCCAAGAGGAGCUCCGGGCACGCCGGGGCCUUCGGGGCCCCCCGGAGCAGACGGACUCCACGGCCCCAAGGGUAACGCAGGAGAAAAGGGAGACGCAGGUAUUCCUGGAGCCGCAGGUCAAAAGGGCGAGCGGGGCGAGCUGGGAUUCCCAGGCCUUCAGGGAGCCAUGGGCCCUCCUGGAUUUAAAGGACACAAGGGAGAGAGAGGAGAACUCGGACCCAGAGGCAUUCAGGGUGAAAACGGCAGCAAAGGCUUCGCUGGAUUGCCUGGCUUUCCAGGUGAAGUGGGACCCAGAGGCAGCAAAGGAGAGAAAGGCACGCUGGGUGAGAGCGGGGUCAAAGGUCGUGACGGACAGAAGGGAGACUUGGGACACACGGGUGUAGUCGGGUCGCGUGGAUUCCCCGGUCAGGACGGUUUGCCAGGGCUUCCCGGCGCUCCGGGCUUUCCAGGGAAGCCUGGUAAGCCUCCCUCAGAGGAGUACUUAAUAAAACUCUGUGGGGACAUUUUGAGAAAUCAGCUGCCGCAGCUACUGCAGACAAUGAGCCCUCAGCGCUGUGAACCCUGUGAGACCGUUAAAGGACCCCCGGGACCCCCUGGAGCUCCAGGGCCUAAAGGGUCCAGCGGGCCCCAGGGCUAUCCCGGCAGACACGGCGCUCAGGGCUACCCUGGGCCUCCGGGCAUCCAAGGACCUCCAGGAGUCAAAGGGGACACAGGCCCUCAGGGAUUUAAGGGCAAUAAAGGACAGAGCAGACCAGGAUACCCAGGGCCUCCUGGAGACACAGGGAUCCAGGGUCCUCGCGGCAGUGAUGGCAUUGGUAUUCCGGGUCCUCCGGGAAUCCCGGGUAAAUCCGGGGCUCCGGGCAUCCCGGGGAAGCAAGGUUCUACAGGGCCGGCUGGCGUGUGCGACAUGUCCAUCUGCUACCAAUCCUAUAACCUCAGGGAUGAGCGCUACAGCAAAGGGCCCGGUUUCUAACACACGCGCUUGAGCGAACACAUGGGCUCAGCUCUCGGACUGCCAGAAGCGCCGCAGAGAAUCCAGAGGAAUUUACUCACAUGGCUUUGGA